UUUACGCAUUAUUGUUAUGGAAAAAGCAUCUUGUUAUUACUUUUGUAUUACGAGACGCGUCUGUAACUUGAAAGAUCACCACGCAUAUGCAGCUGUGAUGAGUGCUUUCCAUUUACUGACACAAAUCGACACAAGUGUCGUUCUGUCUCUGUUAUUUAUAUUGAAUGCCAAGAAGGGAUGGAACGACGUUUGUGUCGAUUUGUGUGUCACUCACACAUGGAAAGCACCUGAAUGAUAUAUGUACUGCUGCAAAUUAUUUAAUGGGCACAGUCAUUCGCGAUGUCUUACACACAACUAGUUUAGUUAAACUUACUACAUUUCAGUUAACCAUUUGUUUGCCAUUCCUUCGUAACCGCCUGUCAAAGUGUGCCGAACGUGUCUUACCCUGCAUGUAUGUACAUCUGAAUAUGUACAUGUUAUACAGAGUGUAAGCAUAAGUUUACAGUUGAGCAUUGUAAAAAGGUACGCAAUGUGCGUAGGGUAACCGCAAGACCAAACGACAAAACGAUAAAAAUUAGGAAAACCAUUAUCUCUUUUAAUGUACAUGAUAUAUGGAUCAUAUAAUUUUUACGCAAAAAGAAUUCAGAGAUGCAUAUCCUGCGAGUUAUAUCUCCGGCAUGGCUAAUUCUCGUCCUUGAUUCAUGUAAUGGCAUCAAUGGUUUCGGAUACAGUAAGAAAGAGCAACAUUUGUGGCCGCAAAAGUACGACGUGUGUGCGGGAAAACUACAAUCACCAGUGGCUAUAUCCACAUCAAAAGCGAUCGCUUUACCGCUUCCGGCUCUCGAGAUGGUCGGUUAUCAUGAUUUUCUUCCAACGCCGCAAAUAUUGAUGAAUAAUGGAAAAACCGUUAAACUUACUACAGACAAGACGGCGAUACAUGGAAGAUUGCCGUAUAUAUUCGGUGCUAUACUGCAACGGAAUCAACAAUAUGAAAUGGAAGAAUUGCAUUUUCACUGGGGCAUAAAAAAUAAUAGGGGUGCUGAACAUGUGUUAAACGGUGUAAGAUAUCCAAUGGAAAUGCAUAUUGUACAUCGCAAUAUGGCAUAUUCCAAUUUUUCGCAUGCACUGCGGCAUGAAGACGGUGUGGUCGUAGUAGCUACUCUCUUCCAGUUGCAAGAUGAGGACAAUGAGCUCGUUCGAUCUCUCAUAAGCGAGCUACCAGAUGUGCAAUGGGCACAUACGAAACUAUCGGUCAACAUAUCUCUCGCUCUAGCAUUCCUGAUACCGUCCAAUACCGAUAUCUUUUAUACAUACAAGGGAUCUCUCACGACUCCGCCUUGUAGCGAAGUAGUCACCUGGAUAAUUUUCGCCGUUCCAGUCCCGCUAUCUUUCCGUCAGGUGAACACGUUUCGGAAACUCUCAAACGGCGAGGAAAUAUUAGGCGAUAAUUUUAGACUAUUGCAAGAUAUCGGUCAACGUAAGAUAUAUAUUAGAAGAUUGGACCCGUCACUCUGGACAAAAGAUAUCAAGCGCGAUGAUUCACGAUUAAAAUUUGCAAAUUUGAGUUGGUUUUGGUCAUAACGCAAUAAUCGAUAAUCGGUAAUUUUUAACUUGUACAUACUUUUACUUGUAUAAAACUGAAAAAUUUGCUGCUGCUG